AUGGCCGCACUCCGACUACGACAUGGACCUCCGCUGGUCUCUGGGCUGGCACUUCUGCGACGAGCCUCCUCUCUACCUCCGCGCUCAUUCUCCCUCCUCAGAUCAUCAUCCACACCCAGGCAAAAAUGCCUCAUCAGCUCCCGGUUGUCUUCACCAACUACCUACACUUCUCUAUCCAGGUUCCAACAGUUCAGUACCUCCCCAGCUAACUAUGCUGAGACUUUGGUCAAGGUUCCGCAGAUGGCAGAGUCCAUAUCCGAGGGAACCUUGAGUUCCUUCUCGAAACAAGUCGGAGACUAUGUGGAGCAGGACGAAGAAAUCGCUUCUAUCGAGACAGACAAGAUUGAUGUUUCUGUUAAUGCUCCACAGGCAGGCACAAUUAAGGAGCUUCUUGUUAGCGAGGGCGACACUGUUACUGUUGGUCAGGACAUCGCGAAGCUUGAGCCUGGUGAGGGCGGCGGCGGUGGCGCACAAGAGGCUAAGGAAGAACCCAAAGCCCCCGCUUCAGACGAACAACCAACGAGCUCGGAUCCUGAGCCAAAGAAGGAGGAAAAGGAGGCCGACGCACCGCCUCCACCGAAGAAGGAAGAGAAGCCUGCCCCUCCCAAGGAAGAAAAGAAGCCUGCCCCGCCGAAACAAGAGAAAUCCGCGGAAGAUUCUAAAGCAGGUAUUGAGUCACCUUUCGGUAGGGGUAAUAGGAACGAGAACAAGGUUAAAAUGAACCGCAUGCGACUGAGAAUUGCGGAGCGUCUGAAGCAAUCUCAAAAUACUGCCGCCUCCUUGACAACCUUCAAUGAGGUCGAUAUGUCGGCUCUAAUGGAGUUCCGCAAAAAGUACAAGGACGAAAUUCUAAAGAAAACUGGUAUCAAGUUGGGCUUUAUGAGUGCCUUUGCGAAAGCCAGCGUGUUGGCAUUCAAGGACGUUCCUGCUGCUAACGCAUCCAUUGAGGGUCCUGGAGGCGGUGACACCAUCGUUUACAGAGACUAUGUCGACAUCAGUGUAGCUGUUGCGACUCCUAAAGGCCUCGUAACUCCAGUCGUCCGAAAUGCAGAGAGCCUAGAAAUGGUCGAAAUUGAGAAGGAAAUUGCCGAUCUCGGCAAGAAGGCACGAGACGGUAAGCUUACCAUUGAAGACAUGGCUGGUGGCACGUACACCAUAAGCAAUGGAGGCGUCUUUGGAUCUAUGAUGGGUACACCAAUUAUCAAUCUACCACAGACGGCUGUGCUUGGCCUGCACGCCAUCAAAGAGAGGCCAAUGGUUGUCAAUGGCAAGAUCGAGAUAAGACCUAUGAUGUAUCUUGCUCUGACUUAUGAUCAUCGUUUGCUUGACGGUAGGGAGGCAGUGACCUUCUUGGUCAAGGUGAAGGAAUACAUAGAAGAUCCUUCCAAGAUGUUACUGGCAUGA